AUGACUUCCGUGACACUGGCCCAAUCUGCCGGAGAUUCCAACCAGGGAGAAGGGGUUAGGAAUGGUCAGCAGGGCGCCCGAAGCCUCAAGAGAAUGAAGAGGGAGAAGAAGGUGAAAGCCAGGGCAUCCACCGAUCACGAGUACCUCGGCUGCUACCGCUACAACAAGGAAAAUGGUAUGCUCCUGAAGAACGGGAAAUCGUUCUUCGACAAGACGGACCAGGCCCUGUGCCGCGCCCACUGCGAAGAGUACGAUACAGCCUUCUAUGCCUUGGAGGACGGGGAUGUCUGCUGGUGCCCUACUUCUCCCGACAUCAACGACUACAUCAUAGACGAGGUUGGUAUCUGCGACAAGCCCUGCACUGGAGACCCGAGCAUUUUUUGCGGCGGGGUCUCCUCUAUCAGCAUGUUCGAGUACCAGGAUGUCGACAGCUCCACCAGCACGGGCGAGUACGAGGAAGACGAUGACGACUCCAGCGGUACGGUGCAGGAAGACGAUGACGACUCCAGCGGUACGGUGCAGGAAGACGAUGACGACUCCAGCGGUACGGUGCAGGAAGACGAUGACGACGGUUUCAGCAGCUCCACUGAAGAAUCGGUGUGCACCAACGGCGUCUCCGGCAUCGAGUCCGACGGUGUUUGCUGCGAGAUCAGUUGCGGGCAGUGCGGCGGUUCCGGCUGUUCGAUGCGUGGCAACGGUGCCGCAUCCUGCUGCACGAGCACAAUUCUGGAGGUCGGGGAAGUUUGCGGCGUGGCACCCUGCAUCAUCUAA